ACGAAGUGGUGCAAGACCGGGGUUAAUAAGACGAAGACCUUACAAAACAUUCACAAAGGACAUUGUGUGUUUGCCUUGGUCGACAAACACAAUCUUCUCCAUACCAAGAGGAGACACCAGAACGAAAUUAGCGGAAGAUGGCCUCAUUGGCAAAAUAUCAUUUUCAUCCGAGUGGUCUGAAGUCCAAUUAAAAUUGGAAAUAACAGCCAUCUUUAGAGCCACGUUCGGAUUGUCGGAGAACCAGGAAUUCCCAUUUGAAUAUUUAUGCACCAUAAAGGGAUGUAAAAAACUGAUGAAACCCAAGGUCACCAACUCUUUUCCAUGGGGAGGAAAAGAAGUUGCGUCCAUCUGCUCAAACACAUGCCUGUACAUUUUAGCAGGAAUGCAGAGACCUGCCGAGGUAAACAUUUUUCUCUUCCAAUCUUUUGUAUAGUUAUUAUUCUUUUUGAUUUACAUAAAUAUGUAAUAUAAGAGGUAUUACAGUUUAUAUUCAGGUAUGUCCCUGCUAUAUUCUAAGAUAUUAGGCCCACACAGUGUGUCAAUGUUUGCAUGAAGUGAAAUAAAUCUGAUUAUUAAAAAUAAAAAACAUAUGAAAUAACUUUUUUGGCUAAUGGUAAACAACCCUCUUUCUGCUCAGGAGGAAUUUAUAGCAGUGUCUGAUGACAGUGACUUUGAAGAUCCUGCACCACGGAGAAGGAGAGCCCUGUGGAUUAUGAGGAAGAUGAAGCUGUGGAUGAGGCCAUAAGACGCAGUCUUUUGGAAGAGUCGGUCUUGCUUGAUUCAAGGUCUUCAGAAGUUUUGACCAGAGAAGAGAUAACUGGAAUUCUGAAAGCACAUGCCGAAAUGGUUGUUACCCCAACGCCGAGACCAAUCUUCAUAAGCCGGAGUAAUGUUUGGACCACUGCCUUUCGGCAAUUCAACAGACCCAGAUUUUCAGAGAGCUCUGGAAUGCUUUAUGUCACGUUUGCAAGUGAUGAAAUGGAGGAAGAUGCUGAAGAUUUGGGAGGGCCACGACGAGAGUUCUUUCGUUUGCUUGUGAGGGCUAUCUUCCAAGGCAGUGGAGCAUUUGAAGAGUCUCCCAACGGGUUUACUCCAAAGCUGAACAUAGCUCAUGUGCAAAACGGAGUGUACAGAACCAUUGGAAAGAUGAUGUCUACCAUAAUAGUCCAAGGUGGUGAACCACCAGCAUUCCUUGCACCACAUGUAGUGGACUACAUUGUGACUGAAGAUAUCCUGCAAGUACGUGUCACUCCUGAUGACAUAGCUGACGCGGAGUUAAGGGAUUCUCUGAAGAAGGUCAAACAAGCAAGCACAGUGGAUGAGCUAGAGGAAGCGCUGGACUGCUGUGACACAUGGAGAUUUCAGAUUGAGGGUCUUCCAAACCCAGUCACCAUGGACAGAAGAAAUGAAUUUAUUAGGAAUGCAACAUUGUAUCAUGUCAUCUUGCAUCAACAAAGUUGCUUCAAUCAACUGAUGGAUGGUCUAUCCUACUAUGGAGUACUUCCACUUCUGAGGGAACAUCGUAGCAUGAGAAUCUUUCUUGACAUGCCUGAGAAGAGAGAUGAGGUCACAGCAGAAGUUCUUGCUUGCCUCUUAAAGCCAAGCUACUCUGUCCUGGGCAGCGACAAAAGGCCAAAAGAGGAGCUCAUGGUUGUAAAGUUCAGAGAAUUUCUCCAGUGUGUGGAGAAUAAAGAGCUUGGUGAAAUCCUUGGGGCCAGAACACUGACUGAAGAAGAGAAGGACUUCGUUCAGAACUUGGGCCUCGGUCACAUCCUGGCUUUUGCAACAGGGAGCAGCAAAAUUCCAGCUGUUGGAUUCCAGCCAAAUCCCAAAAUCGUCUUCAUUCAUGACGAGAUUAAGCGUCAUCCGGUUGCGCACACCUGCUCAAAUGAGCUUCUCAUAUUUGUCAAUGCCAAAAACAUGGCUGAUGAUGAUGAAUUUGAGUACUGCUUUGUGGUGGCCCUGAUGAAUGGAGCCUUGUUUAGCACCAUUUAA